AUGGCUAUUAAAUAUAAUACUCCAGAAUUUUUGCAAGGAUUUGUGUUGGAAAACACAGUAUUGAUCGCUGGAUUUUCUCUUACCAACGGAAUCAUAGCUGCCACUGCAUUUGUACGAGAUACUAUCUCCGGUCCUCAUGUGUUGGCCUUUAGCAUAAUCCAUUUAAUGUCAGUUAGUACUGGUACUGUCCAUACUAAAGUAAGUGAUAUGAAGUACAUGUUGGUUGUGUUCCCAGUGGUCCUUAUGCUCAAUUCUAUUGCAUCAACCAUGUUUUUCACUUUGAAGCUUCUUCAGUUGUAUUCUGAUUGGCUUGUCCAACAUCAAAACUCUGAUUUGGAAAAUCAAGCUCAUGAUGUGAUUAGCACAAGACAUUCCAUCAACUCUACCAUAAAGAAUGAUCAAUUGGGGCAAUCACCAAUAGUGACUAAGAAGGUGUCCGAGAAGACUUUGGUUAAUGAAUACCCAACCAAUACUAUCUUUCAUUACAAUACAACAUAUGCCAUUGGGCCGCAGUUUACUUCAGCUCCGGCACUGGAGCCACCACCUCCGCCACCAGUAUCAGAUCCAAAUACGCAGUCAAUCAACUUCGACUCCAAUAAGUCCACUCUAGUAGGAACAACUUCUUCAAAUGGCACUUCCACACAAUUGAACCGCAUAAGCUACCAAUCAGCUAACCUUUUAUUUGCUGAAAAGACCCCAGCAUCAUCAACAUCAUCUUCAUCAGAAAAUAAUGAUACACAUGAACCCUUCAAAGGGGACACCCACUAUAAUUCUAGUCAACUAACAGUGCCUUCAUGUCUCCCCAAAGUUAGAAAGAAAUCAUCAGAUAUCAUAAAUACCCCAAUUCUGUCUCCUAACAGAGCUCAAAUUGUUCAUAAGUCAAAGUCAACUUCGGUUAUCAGUGAAGCAGAUGCUGCUACAGCUAAGGAAAGAAACUUUGUAAUUUCCAAUGAGAAGGUACUUCUCCUAAAUAUAAAUGAGUCCUUGCUUCCUCCGCUCUUAAGACACGGAGAAAGCCCCAUAUUAGAAAGACAAAGACAACAGAAAGAAUACGAGCUUCUUUCUCAAACUCAAGUAAAAGCAAAAGCUCAAACUCAAUCUGAAAGAUUACAACAAACACAAUCACAGAGACUGGUAUCUCGUGAUGAACGUCUGAGCAAAUACACCCAAUCCAAAUCGUUCACAGAUAAGCAAACAACGAUCUCCAAGUCAGAGUUAUCGAGGAUUCUGGAAUCCCAUAACCUUUCUGACAGUGAAAACAUACCAUUACCGUAUAUAGAAGAGUUUGGUGGAUGUAAUUCUUCUUUAGAUCAGGAGGAAGCCUUUGCAAGUUUUGAUGGUUCCUAUGCUAGUCAAGAUCAGAAAAUUGACUGUGAGCAAGGUAGUCCACUUCAGAAUAAGUCAAGAAAUGUUCUUAGUGGACUUGAAACAGUACAAGGAUACUCUCAAUGGGAUCCUUCAACACUUGCUCAUAAGAAGGACAAUAUCAAGGGAAACGUAAACCAUAUUUCACUUGGUGAUUGGCUUCAAAAAUCUGAUCAAUGGAAUCAAAGAAGAGUUGGUUCAGGCGUCAGAAUAGCAUCUUUCCCCUUACAAGAUGCUACAGGAAAACAAUUACCUAAAGCAUACACUUAUGAUGAUUUAAUGCUUGAUGAUGGACAAAGAAAUAUUACCAGCUACUUUCAAAGAAGUUCACAAGCUGAAGAAUAUGUUCCUAAUGGAAGCUUUGAUAAGAUUUUUGAUGUUACAAUUGGGUUAGAUAAUGAUCAAGAUCAAGAUUCUGUUAAUGAUAAGCAACAACGUGAAGUGUUUCCUAAUACUGUUCUGGAUAGAACAACAAGUGCACCAUCUUUACACACAUUCAGAAAGCCCAGUAACACCGAAGAAAGUUCAACAAACAGCUAUGGUACUAGAUACUCAGAAGGUGCAGAUGUUGACCGAUCUUUAAAGCUAACGGAAAUAGAUAUCCAUACUGGGGAUGAAGCAGAACAACAGCCCGAAACACCAAAGCCUUCGCCAAUAAAACGAUUCUUUCAAGAAUCACCAAGGAAAUUGAGUUCUGUGUUUAAGCGGAAUUCCAGGACUAGUUUUGACGGAAGUUUCAUGUAUCCCAGACACAAACAUACUGGAUCUACAGUAUCCAAUCAGUUUUCAAUGAAUUCAACAGCGUCGUCCAGGUCUUUGCCCAAGAAGUCUCUCAAAUCAAUGUUAACCCACAAGGCACUGCUGCUACUGCAAAGGCCAGAAGUAUCAUCCAGACGGAAUUCACAAUCACAAGCAUUUAGAAAACGUGCAUUCGAUACGCACCAAUCCCAUAACUCUGUUCCUAAUUUCUCUUCGUUUCAUCUUGAUUCUGGAAUGGUGGAUCAUUACUUUACCAAAUUUUCCUCUCCAGGAUUCUCUUCAGAUCAGUUAGAAGCAUGGGAUAUUAAUAUGGUUCCCGACUCUGAUAAUUCCCGUGUUCUGUCUGUUCCAAGUGCCGUGAUUGGUCAAUAUGACCGGGAGAAAUGGAGAACGUUGAAAGAAUUAGAGACUAUCAAUCAGCAUCGCACUAUUUCUAGUAAUUUAUCUACCUAA